CGCCCGGCAGACCAAGAUGCACGCGUAGAUGCUGAAGGAGUGUCUCGGCUGUCUUUUGUGCUCCGUGCCGAAACGUCCAUUUUCCUCCUCGUGUUUUCGCUGGGAUUUGCGCGACUCCUCUAGGAUAUUAUCCGGAUAGUGUGGUUGGUGCUUGUGUGUGAUUGUGUGUGAUGUCGUCGAGGAUCAGAUGCACGCUGCAAUGAAAUGGAUGAACGAUGAAUAAGGAUGUUGCAUACCGUGAGCGGGGAACGGUGGAGGUGCGGUGGUGACCAUGCUGGAGAGUUUUCUUCCCAAGCAGUCAACGCGGCCUGACCAUGAUGUGAGGUCGAAAGAGAGCCUGGGCCCUUAGGCCAUGACGACCUUCCUUCCGGCCCACGAGCGUGUGUUGACGCUCGCUGAGAAGUUGUACCAGGCCGCAGUCGCCGGACAGACGGAAAAAGUAACGGAACUCUGCAGGCUUGGAGCGAAAAUCGAGCCCGAUUCGGAAGGACGUACCGCUCUGCACCUGGCGGCGGCCAACGGAUACGUGGACACCGCAAGGGCCCUCAUUCUUGCUGGCGCCAAAGUGAAUGCCGUGGAUGCGUGUGGUUACUCUCCCCUGCACCAGGCGGCGACAGAGGGACACGAAGAAGUGGCGCGUCUUCUGGCCAAGCACAACUGCCACGUGGACAUUCAAGACGAAAUGCACGGCAAUACCGCGCUCCACGAAGCUGCGUGGAAGGGGUACAGCAGAACAAUAGAAGUGCUCUGCAAACAUAAGGCGAACGUCUACAUCAAAAACAAGGGUGGUUUCACUCCACUACAUCUGGCGUGCCAAAAUGGUCAUAAUCAAAGCACGAGGAUCCUUCUCCUGGGCGGAUGCAAACCAGACAUCAAGAACAACUAUGGCGACACUCCGCUACACACUGCGUCUCGAUACGGCCACGCUGGCGUCCUGCGUAUCCUUAUCAGUGCUUUCUGCAACUCCUGCGACGUGAACAAAAAUGGUGAUAGUGGACUUCACAUCGCUGCUGCGAUGGGUCGGAGAAAGUUGACUAGGAUACUGCUGGAGGCUGGAUGCGACCCUAAUAUCCGAAAUAAGCAAGGAGAAACGGCUGCCGACAUUGCGAAGCGCAAGGCCUUCAACGAAGUCGUCGAGAUACUGGAGAAUCCUCCUCCGCGGGUCAUCGCCCUGCAGGAGACAUCGCCACAGUCUGACAAGAAGGUAAAAAAGCGGGAGAAAGACAGUGGCACAUCCCAAGGCAGCAAGGACAGUGGACACAAGCACAAGAAGGACAAACAUAAGAAGAGCAAGCACGGUCACAAGGUCCACUUUGAGGAUGUGAAACGCAAAGAGACGGGCAAAUGGAGUCCAUAUGGAUGUCACUUGACGCCCAACCUGAUCGCCUUUCCAUCGCCGAAACUGGAAACGCUCCCCCCUGAGCCGCUCAACAAAGGCGAACAGUAUUUCCUCGACUUGGCGGGAAACAUAAGGAAGGGCCCUGUAGGGAAAGGAUACACUUGCUACUGUGCACCCUUCUUCCACAACGUGGAGAAGAAACUGGAAGCCGACAAGCAGGAACUCAUUGACCACAUCGACAACGCGCACGAGGAUCUCAAUGCCAAAAUUGCCCACCUGGAACGCAAGACCCGAAAUCAGUUAUUCAACCUCAACCAGUCAGUGAGAGAAAAGCUAGCUGCCGAGAAAACAGAGUGUCUGGACCGAGUCGAACGUGUAGCGCUCCGGGAACGUACCGACAGGGAAGCCCAGCACUCGAGUCAGCGUGAAGAACUGGAACAGUUUGUGCGCGAGAAAGUAGCCCAGGCAAGCUACCGAGUCAGCCCGUUGGGACAAAGUGCAGAUUCCAAUUCCAGAAGCAGGUUCUUCGAGUCUUCACACUGGUCUAGGCGGCAUCGAGCGAACAAGGCCUCCUUGGGUGUCACCAAGGCGAAAUCAGAGGAGGUACUUCACGCACAGUGUUACGACGAUCACGAACUGUCACCUCCGCCAUUGUUCGGAAACGAAGUGGGUCUGCCGCCUCCUCCAGCACACUUGGCACAUCGCCAUCGGGGUGGAGAUUUCGAGAAACAAGGCGCAAAGCCCAAGUAUCCAUUGUGGGAGCAGGCGCCAGGAGACGGGACGUCGUACCUCUGUGGCCGGAGGGAGCAGGCAGCGGGCCAAAGCCCCAGGACUACCCUGGAAGAUUCUCCGGUUAGAGGUCCGGAACAGGGACACGAGGAAAGCACUGCAUCUUAUAAGAAGGAAGACUUCCAAAAUGAAGAGAAAGAAACAGAAGACUUCAUACCCGUUGAAGCGACCGGAAUGCCUCCUGUGGCGAAUCAGGUUGAACAAGUACAGUUUGGCAACACUGAAGACGUGACCGUUCGCAUUCCGCAGCCUAAGCCACCCUUACUCCCCCGCCCGAUUCACGUGCCACCAUAUCCGAGCCACAUCCAACGGUACCUUACGCAACGCUCCACCCUGAACGGUGCCAGUAGCCAAGCGAGGCCUCUGAGGACAGCUUACUCCACGUCACACGUUGAUUCUCAUCAAGCUCCUUACGCUAUAGCGACACGGGACGGAAGUGAUCAGGAAUCACCGCGACGGAGCAGUGGCAGUGCAAAUGGUGCAGUAGAGGAACAGCUGUGCAGACUGAAUGAGGAGCUGACUCUGGAUCCUGACGACAGGUGUCCCUCAAGUGAAGUGUGAUUGCGUGUGUGGUAUCGGACAUUGAGAAUACAUAUUUAUAUCAUGUGAAGCAGUGCGUACAUCCUUAUGCCCAUCAUGAAACUUUGAGGGAAACAAUCUCCGACCAGUUCUUCGGGGUUUUGUGCAUAAUUCAAAGACUGCCAAUUGGUCGCACCAUGAGUCACUGAGGACAAACCUAAGGUAAUCCGCGUGCGCGGUUGUUCAGACGAUAUCACUACAGUGAUAACGAUUCUUGAGCAACAAAGACGCGAAUGCAAGAGGGCAGACCAUGUCUUAUGGCAUUAGCCUUUGAGGUUAUACGUAGUAAAAUCUGCGUUUGUAAAUAAGGUGGCAUUGUGUUUCUGGGCGCCAGUGCCAAAACUUGUCAGUUUUCAUCGUCACCGCAUGUGGACGCCGCUAGUUCGUAUCCAACACAUAACUGUAAUAAACGUUUAAAGUGAACGC